AUGAAAUAUCACCACCUGCUCCUCCUGAGUUACUUGCUGCUUUCCAGCUCCUCCGGGGUUUACGCCGAUUCCCAGAACUCCUACAGUGAAGAUGGCUGUGGGCUCCUGGAUGCCCUGCCCUACAUGGUGGUGGAGGGAGGGCUCUUGGCCUUGGCCGCCCCAGCUGGACUGACAGCGUUGGGCUUCACAAGCUUGGGCAUUGCUGCCAAGUCCUUGGUUGCCAGUCUGAUGAGCUGGUCCGCGGUGGUGAACGGUGGGGGUGUGGCGUCAGGAGGGCUAGUCGCCACUCGCCAGAGCCUUGGAACCCAAUUGAGCACCACCACCUUGACCUCCAUUGGCGCAAAGCUGGGCUAUGCCUACCAGAACUACGUUUGUGGCCAGAAAAAGAAAAAGAAAUAG